GUCUCUUGCGCGCUCCCCUUCCACUCCCUCCUGCUCCCUCCUGCUCCCUCACGGCUCUGGCCCGCUCCUGCCGUGCUCCCUCACGUGCCGGUGAGGCUCCCGUUCGGGCUCCAGUCUCACAGGCGUCAACGUCGCGCACGUCCAGCCAAGUGGUAACUUUACCCGAUGGCAUCGACGAGGGCCCGUUUUGGCCCUGGAUGAAAGGUGGGAUCCCUGAGAGGAUCCCUGAGAGGAUGCCCUGCUACGUCGCUGGACGGGGUCAAUUGAAUCCCCCAAUCCUGUACUGUAGGACAAUGCUUCUCUUUUCCUCUCUUCCUUGCACUGUCCUCUCUUCCUCUCCCUCUCCUUCUCUCGGCCCUCACACCGUCCCCUCCCCUCCCUCUACUUCUCGUGGGAAUCACUCUUUCUGCCCGGUCUUCUGACUACCUACACGCUCCUUCCGCGCGCUUCGUCGUGCUUUGACCCUCCCUCCCCAGUCAUCUCCUGUUCCUUUCCUCUCGACGCCUCUUCUUUCCUUGAUCUCCUGCUCAAGUGCGGCGCUGUUCCCCCAAUGCCGAAGAGAAAGAAAACCGCGGCGGAAGUCUUUGAUGAAGCGGAGGAGAAUGGCUGGGAGCCAAUUGCGGAGGCCGACGUGAAUGGCGAUCCGGUCAGCAAACCCAUUGAAUCGGGGACUGAGCUGAACUACGACCGAAUGGUCGUUCUCUGGGACGAGUAUGCACGGCGAAAUCCUGGCGUGAGCCCCUACGAUCUACGGUCGGCGAAGCAUUUCAUGGAGGGCAUUGUAAAGGGGAGCAAGGCUGGCCUGAGUCUGUGCUACAUGAAGCAAAAGUGGACUGACUUUGGCGCCGCGUGGAAGCGGCGACCUGGCAACCGAAAGAUCCCCCACGAAGUGUCGGAGUCGGUGUACUAUUACAUCGAAACGGUGUUGAAGAAACGGUACAACCUCUCGACCGAACGACGGCAGCCGCAUUUCAUGACGGUGCCCCAUUUUGUCGUUCUGAUUAAACACGAGUGGCAAAAGGAUUGGCACCAGUAUACCCAUCCGAGAAGCCUGGUUCAGAACCACGCGGCCUGUACCCUCUUCGUCUACACGCCGUCGAGAGUGGGAGAGAUCUUCGAAUCCAACAUGCGCCGCGGCUCCGGACGAGGGUUACUGUACAAGGAUGUCGUGUUCGUCGUCUUCAAGAAUGAGAAAGGAAAAGCAGAACUCGCCGUGCGGGCCACGCGCGACGCGAAAGGCUUCACCAAUAAGCCACACAAAAGGCCACAGCACGGAAUGUACGAGGAUAUGCAGCCGCUGUACGCGAACCCGGUCCUGCCUCUUCUGGCCAUCGCCCUCGCCGAUGGCGCCUUCCAAGAUUACCUCACCUUCGAGGAAAUCGAGGCGAUCCCGCCCCCAGUCGAUGGGUCCUUACACCAACUUCGAAUUCGGAAAGAGCUGCACCAGGUGCCCUUUCUCCGCACCAUGUCUUCUGAGGGCCCGACCGGCAAGAUUCAACCGGCAGUAUCCUUCAGCAGUGGGCUGGUCGGCUUGGGCCAUCGAGCGGGGUAUGAAGAAAAUAUCCGGGUUCACGAUUUUAGGAGGGAGGUCCUGGUCAAGGCCGACGACAACGGCUAUUCGAUCGCCGAGAGAAUGAAGUUUGCAGGCCACGAAAAUUCCGACACCUUCUUCGGCUCGUACAUGCCUCAGAUCAGCACCGUCGACGGGCAGGCCAGCUACUGGGGGAAGGCGCGCCGCACCGUCUACCUCGAGGGCUUCCGCGGCCUCUCGCUGCAGCACCACCCCCAGAUGCUGCAAUCGCUGCCGGCGAAGGUGGAGGCGAAUCUGAAAGAGCGCGCCGAUUUUAUCGUCCUCAACGAGGAGAUCGAGUCCCUCGGAGAGAGAAUCCGACGUCUCCCGGUCGAGCACGACAGCCAGCGGGAACGGACCCGCCGGGAGGAGCUGUACUGGCAGAAACGCCAGAUGGUGUCGGAGGAGCUCGGCCGGUGGCAGGAAAUCCAAUCACGGAAGGUCAACCAGGACACCGAAGUGGCGGCCUCGCCCGUCGCGUCGCUACCCAGCUUCUUCAGCCGUGUCCGGCGGCUGGACCCGCCUCGUGACCGUCUGGCCUCCUCGCUUUUUCUCGACGUUCCCCUCCGGAGCCCCGAGGGGCGAGCGGCCCUCCAGGAUAUAAUUACCCUGUAUCAGGAGAACCCCAAAGUGGCCUAUCGCCCGAGUCUGCGUCCAGAGAACGGCCGUUGCCCCGUGUCGAAGUGCGCGGUAGAGAUGGAAAGCGUCGAUCUCGCGACUCGAUAGGAUCACAUUUACCGAUGCUACAAAGCCCGUCUCGCGGCCGAAUACGGUACGGCCGAGUUAUACUUCCAAUAUAACGAGUGGAUCACCGGCAAGCAGGGCUAGCGCGAGCAUUACCGGCGCCACUUAAAUAAUCUCGAGUUACUCCCAGUCUAGUGGAAUCCCCUAAUCUUCCGUUAGACCUUGGCCGCGGCUGGUCACUACCCCUUCUGCCUAUUCAACCCGCGUCUCCCGCCCGACGAGCGGUUCCGUCAGUUCACGAAAAAGCUACCCUAGCAGCAACACCUGGACGGGUAUUUUGACGGGCUCGAGGGGAAAGAAGCGCUCGAGAAGAAGGACGGGCUCGCUCUCGCGUCGGACGAGUCGAACGAGAUCAAGGCGACGCCGUGUCCGAACCCGCGAUACGGUCUCUCCUUUAACGCUAUCGUAGAUCUCCAAUAUCACGCCUAGGACACCCACUGCUACAAGCGGACUAAGGCCAGCGCAAGCAAGCGACGUUGCUGUACCAGUCGACCGCAUUCGAAGGCCGAAGAUAGCUUCAUCGCCUCCGUCGAGGCCGCCUACUCUUCUGACUCCCCAGCGGGCAAUCACCAAUCCUACUUUGUCGAGGAAGCCGUAGCGAUGUCCAAUUCCGACACCACCGAUCCUGCUGUCUCACCGAGAGACUGCGUCGACGCUCUACUUUCCUCAGCCCACCCACAGCUGAGUGAGGUAACUACUUCCGUCGACUCCUGCAGCGGCCUACACGCAGGCCUUCUAAUCGACCCAAGUCUUUCCGAUCUAGAGCAAACGAAUCUCGUAUCGGCGAUAGGCCUUAGGACUUCCUACCCCUCCUCCGAACGCAAGUAUAGUUCGAUCGGUAAUAGCUUAUCGGAGUCGGGGCCUUAUACGCUAGAUACGAUAGAGGCGCUAUAGCCUAUUAAGCUAUCGAUCCUACCGAGCUAGGCGGUUACGGAUACGACGGCCUUAACCCCCUCGUCGGCGGAAUCCUAGUAAAGGAUUCGCAUUACGGUUAGUAAGAUAGCGGAUAUUGCCAUAAUAUAAAUACUCCUAGAGCCUCGACCCGCAAUAGGCUAGUGGCUAGACCGCAAGGCGAGAAAUCUUCCGCCCAUCGGAGUAAACGAAGGAGACGAUCGGAUAGCGGAGGAUACUCUAGCGUUCACCGGCGAUGGCGAAUUCCCAUCCCAAUACACAACCCCUAAUGAUGCGAUCGGUUCCCUCGGGCCGGGAGAGGUCGAUGACGACGCUAUCUUCGGUCAGUAUUUAUGCUCGCCUUCACCCCCGCCCUCGCCCGCGCCCACUCUUUCACCGGACGACACCACCAGCGAAUUAAGCGGAGUAACGUUGUUUAAUACCGGACGCGAUCCGUCCCGUAGUUGCCUGGAGUUAUACGCGGAGAUAUCGAGGAGUCCGGCUCCAGAAAUUUCGCCAUCGAGUGAGAUAGCUCGAGAUCAAGAUCACCCUUGCCACUCCGCGAAUGGGACUAGCAUUCAUCUCCGAGUCAGCCAGCCGAAAAUCACACUCCGCUUUAAACUCCCGGACAGAGGGCGCCAAUCCAGGAAGAAAAUAAGGAAAUGGGGUCGAUCAGGGAAAAGGGGGAACCCAGGAACCCAGAGAGAAGGGGAGAAAGGGAAAGAAGGUAAAGCGAGACACAUCCGUUGAAGGUAGCGAUCUGAUUCUAGACUUGAAUAAGUUAGGCAACUUCUUUAGCGACCUCCCAUUACAGCUUCACAGCUGCUUAAGGGCCAGGAACCUCGAGAAUUAUGGUAAAGAGAAGGAUGCAGCGAGGCUGCUCGAGCCGGUGGUUGAUCAUUAUUAUAGAACGAAAUGAGUAAGGGUUUCUAACGAACAAUAAUGAUGUCUCAACCCGACAACCUUCGUCCUGGUGUUUCCCACGUCGGAAGCCUUUCUCAAGCCAACAUCGAAUAGCGUCUUCAUCCAUUCCUCGAGCAUUCUGUUGUGCAAUUAAAAUGGAUGCAUGACUACAAGGUACCGUGGAUUCGUCUUGGAGGGGAGGAUAUGUCUUGCAGUCUGACUCCGGGCCUAAGGGGCCCUGAGAGGCGUCCUCAGAUUGGCCGGAGAUUGUGCCGCCUUUAAGGGCUGAUAUAGAUUCCUUGUCCAUCUCUGUCUUAUGUUGCGGCAUGAGACUGGGUUCUGGGAUUUGGAAGAGAUGCACAGAGGUUGGCGAUAUGAAAGCUGGUGAUGGUUCCGGCGGUGAGACUAUUGGGGUGAAUGACCCGUCUGCGACCGUAGAAUUCGUUGCCGCCCAGGAGGGUCGAGACUUGGAUGUGGUAGCCAUAUCGGGUGAGCGACUGGUGUCUGUGACCCAUAAGGUGGUCUUUAGUGUCUCGUCACCCAUUUUCUCUAGCUGUUGUUGUCCUUCUGUUGGUGCCAACGACUCCGGAAUCACAUCUUCACCAGGAUGCUCCUCAGCAGUCCGGUACUUCCAGUAUCUGCAAUUACUUUCUAGUUCCG